UCCUCUACCUCCCUCCUCUCUCUCUUCCUCUCCGGAGCCUUCCGAGUUAGUCUCUUCUGCCUGCUGUCCUCCAAAUCUCAAAGCCAGGAUGCCUCACGCCUACCCCUUCCUUACCCCUGAGCAGAAGAAGGAGCUCAGCGAUAUCGCUCACAGGAUCGUUGCUCCCGGCAAGGGAAUCCUCGCCGCAGACGAGUCCACAGGAAGUGUGGCCAAGCGCUUCCAGAGCAUCAAUGCUGAAAACACAGAGGAGAACAGGAGGCUUUACCGCCAGCUGCUCUUCACCGCUGACAAGUCCAUCGACGCCUGCAUCGGAGGAGUGAUCUUCUUCCACGAGACGCUGUACCAGAAGACGGAUGACGGCAAGCUGUUCCCCCAGCACAUCAAGGACAGGGGCAUGGUGGUGGGAAUCAAGGUGGACAAGGGCGUGGUGCCUCUGGCUGGAACCAACGGCGAGACCACCACACAGGGUCUGGACGGGCUGUACGAGCGCUGCGCCCAGUACAAGAAGGACGGCGCUGACUUCGCCAAGUGGCGCUGCGUGCUGAAGAUCACCCCCACCACACCCUCCCGGCUCGCUAUCAUUGAGAAUGCCAACGUCCUGGCUCGCUACGCCAGCAUCUGCCAGAUGCACGGGAUCGUCCCCAUCGUGGAGCCCGAGAUCCUGCCUGACGGAGACCACGACCUGAAGCGCUGCCAGUACGUCACUGAGAAGGUCCUGGCCGCCAUGUACAAGGCUCUGUCUGACCACCAUGUGUACCUGGAGGGCACCCUGCUGAAGCCCAACAUGGUGACCGCUGGUCACUCCUGCUCCCACAAGUACAGCAACCAGGAGAUCGCCAUGGCGACCAUCACCGCCCUGCGCCGCACCGUGCCCCCCGCCGUCCCUGGCAUCACCUUCCUGUCUGGAGGCCAGAGCGAGGAGGAGGCCUCCAUCAACCUGAACGCCAUGAACCAGUGUCCCCUGCUCCGGCCCUGGGCCGUCACCUUCUCUUACGGCCGCGCUCUGCAGGCCUCCGCCCUCAAGGCUUGGGGAGGCAAGAAGGAGAACGGCAAGGCCUGCCAGGAUGAGUUCAUCAAGAGAGCCCUGGCUAACAGCCAGGCGUGCGUCGGCAAAUACGCCGCCGCCGGCGGGGGAGCUGCUGCCGGAGAUUCUCUGUUCGUGGAAAACCACGCCUACUAACUAGGACACGCCCCCAUUCCUCCCCCUCACUUCCUCCACCCCUCCUGCCCUGCACCCCUCCACCCCCCGGCCAGCCACAGCACAACUGCCUCCACUCUUUGCCCCUGAACGCCUGGCCUCCGCUACCCUGCCUGGCCCCUGAACGCCUGGCCUCCACUACCCUGCCUGGCCCCUGAACGCCCGGCCUCCGCUACCCUGCCUGGGCGUGAUAGAGAGACCCUGAAACCUUUCUUUGAGGUCGUACUUCAGAGGGAAGAUUUUGGGGAAGAAACGAGUUCUGCCUCCACUUCCUCCCCUUUUAUUUUUAAACACCUUUUUUCAGGUGAAGAAAUUCCUUGUGUCGUUUUUACCCAACACGUGCUGUUAUUGCUCCAGCAGGCAGUGUUUUCUGCUGCUGCCGUGCAAUAAAGUAUUUUAUCCACAA